CUAAAUCUAGACUCCUAUAAAACGGAUUGGCAGAAGAUGUACCCUAGAUCACAAGAAACUAGACCUUCACGCCAAACAGACAUGCGUGCAAAUAUUUUUUUAAAACUCGUUCUGCUCCUCCCGUUUCUCCAAGCGGCUCUCGGUCAAUCCGCUGGCUGCUUAAAUUGUGCUCUCACCAAUUUUCGGUAUACGUGCGUAAACGAGACCAGCUAUGGAUUCUGCUUUGCAGAGGAAACAGUCGACGAAACCACAAUCAGAUCUUGUGAUGAAGGGUUUUAUUGUACCCUGGAUGAAUUCUGUUCACCCGAGGAGUCGUCCUCACCUGCUUGUGUACCUGAUGAUACGACGUCUACAACAUCGGAUGUAACAACAGAUUCGUCGACAGAUUCUUCAACUACAGCCCCAACAACAGAUCUAUCCACAGAAACUUCCACUUUAACGACGGAUACAUCCACAGAAUUUUCCACCAUAACCACAGAUACAUCCAGUGAAUCUUCACCUUCCACUACAGAUUCAUUUACUGAAUCAACUGUAACCACGGAGUCAUCCACUGAAUCUUCCCCUGCCACUACAGAUACUUCAACAGAAUCAUCCACUUUAACCACAGAGUCAUCGACAGAAUCUUCCACUUUAACGACGGAUACAUCUACAGAAUUUUCCACCGUAACCACAGAAACAUCUAGUGAAUCUUCACCUUCCACUACAGAUUCAUCCACUGAAUCAACUGUUACCACGGAUUCAUCCACUGAAUCAACUGUAACCACGGAUUCAUCCACUGAAUCUUCCCCUGCCACUACAGAUACUUCAACAGAAUCAUCCACUUUAACCACAGAGCCAUCGACAGAAUCUUCCACUUUAACGACGGAUACAUCUACUGAACUUUCCACCGUAACCACAGAAACAUCUAGUGGAUCUUCACCUUCCACUACAGAUUCAUCCACUGAAUCAACUGUUACCACGGAUUCAUCCACUGAAUCUUCCCCUGCCACUACAGGUACUUCAACAGAAUCAUCCACUUUAACCACAGAGCCAUCGACAGAAUCUUCCACUUUAACGAAGGAUACAUCUACAGAAUUUUUCACCGUAACCACAGAUACAUCCAGUGAAUCUUCACCUUCCACUACAGAUUCAUUUACUGAAUCAACUGUAACCACGGAGUCAUCCACUGAAUCUUCCCCUGCCACUACAGAUACUUCAACAGAAUCAUCCACAUUAACCACAGAUACAUCCACAGAAUCUUCCACUUUAACGACAGAUUUUUCAACUGUAUCUUCUCCUACCACUACAGAGUCUUCCACUGAAUCUUCAACUGUAACCACAGAUACAUCAACUGAAUCUUCACCCACAACUGAUUCAUCGUCCACUGAGUCAUCAACUGUAACCACAGAAUCAUCCACAGAAACAUCCCCUGCAACCACAGAUUCAUCAACCAUAUCCUCGCCUUCAAGCACUAAUUCAUCCACUGAAUCAACCACAGGAUCUCCACUAAAUGCUGAUCUCUAUUGUUCAACGUUACAAAAGAAAGGAUACUUUCGGGUCGAUAGUGAUUCAACCUGCAGACAGUACGUGUACUGCUACAAAUUGAGCUUAGAUUAUUUGGGCUGGCUAUACUAUUGCAACACGAAUGAAUUUUACAAUUCUGAUACAGAAUCAUGCCAGGCCGAACGGCCCGCCAAUUGCUAAAAAACGAUCCAAUUAAAGAUAUAUUUUUUGUUUCUUCGAAUA